CAUCCAAAUUUUUUAUUUAAAUGAUGAACAACAGUGGACCCAGCACCAAUCCUUGCAGCACACCGCUGGUCACAAGCCUCCAGCCCAAACAACAAUCCUUUACCACACCCUCUGUUUCCUACCAUCAAGCCAAUUUUGUGUCCGAUUGACUAGCUUUCCCUGGAUUCCAUGUGAUCUAACCUUUCUUCUCGAAAGACAGCAAUGAAAGUAGCUGUUUAUUUGCUCUGCCAUUUCCGUGUCCUCCAUUAUCAAUUCUCCUUUUUCAGACAAUUAAGGGCCUACAAUUACCUUCACUAUUUCUUUUUACAUUCUUGUUGAAGCUCUUUAUAGUUCACAUUUAUUUUCCUUUAUAAAUGUAAUCUUGUGCUGUGUUUUCGCCCUUUUAAUUAACCUGUUGCUUCUCCUUUCCUGAAUUUAACUGCUGCCAAUCAUCAGGCUUGCAACUUUUUAGUAGCAACUUUAUAUAACCCUUUGUUUUGGAUCUAAUGCUGGCCUUAGUUUAUUUUGUUAGCCACGAUUGGGCUACUUUUUCUGUUUUGGCUGAAAUAAAAUACUGUGAACCCAGGAUUGGGUUAGAUAAGUAGUUUCAUAUCAUAAACAGUCAACAGGACUCAAAAAUGACAGAGACGUAGAGCUGAAUAUUGCUAGCAUCUAUUGGGAAUCUGACUGCAUACUUGCAGUAACAUUAGAGUAGGCUAAAAGUAAAUCUGGCAAUCAUUAGGCAAGUAACAAUGAAACCAAGGUGGCAGUCUCAUUGAGCUAGACAAUGAAGCAAAUACCAUUUGCCUCCAUUCACGGUGCAGAGAGAUUACAUACAGAGGGGGAGAGAGAGAGUGAAUGUUUCACAGUCACAGAGAAUUAUGUGAAAAACUGACAGAUGAAAUCACAGAAGAACUUAAUAAAAUAAAGGUAAGCUAGAGCCGUGAAGGCAGUUAACCAAAGCAUCCUACCCUUGAUUCCUUUGUUUGAGAUGGUUCAUAGUUCCUGAGGAGAGAGCAGCAUUUACAGUGUCAGCUGGAAUGACGCUCAGUUGAGUGACAGUGGAUUUGUCAUCAGUGGGAGUUGGAGUGUUUUCUUUGACAAGAUAUGUUCAAAGACAACAUGACAUGAGAAGAAGUUUCAUUGUUGGAGCUGGAUCUGAAGGGCUGGGUGGUUUUGUUUCAUUGGGUAUUAUAUAGGAGGCAACUGAUUGAAUGUUCUCUAUUUUACUGAUAAAGAAUUUUGCAAGCUCUGUACUUGGAGCUGACAGUUUUGAGGCAGGAAAAUAAGGGGAAGGAUCGUGGCUGGGAAAGGAUAUUUUUGCUGUCCAGGAUGAUGAUAUCUUGUUAUGUUGAUGGUUCUGACCAGGAGAUCAAUAUGAGUAGGUGUCUGAUGGGAAUCCAACUGGAUCUGAGAUUGGUGACUGAGCUAGUUGUGUGCCAGCUUCACUGAAAUCUGUGCCUGAACACAUUUUAUGUUGAAUCUCUUAUAGGCUGAGGUAGGAUGAUAUGUGUAGAUGAUAAGAGUUCUAUUCUGAAGAAAUUAGUUUCUACACAUUGGUAUCAUGAGUCAAAAACUCACCAAAGAAGAGAUAGAGAAGCAGUUUGAACAAUUCUUGAAAGAGUCUAUUUCAGAUGAAUCAGUUGAUUUGGGAAAUUCACCAAAAUCUAGUGUUCUGAGUUCACUGGGAAAGCAUACAAGGAAAGAAAUCAAAAAAGAUGCUAAACCAUGGUGGAUUAAUGAUGAUGAUUCUGAUGAAGGAAAUGUGCUCGGAAUCAAUAGGAGCUUUCUCAAAUCGCAGAGGUUUUCCCAAUCCAUUGCAGAGGUUGAAGAAGAGCAAAAUCAGGAGAAGGAAAGAGAGAGGAUAUCUGUAUCUAUCAGUCAAGACAGUUUGGAACGAAAUGACUCCGUCAUGGCAUCAGGGCCUCGGCAAAGUACUCCAGGAAUAGGACUGGACACACUUGAAGAAGAAGAGGAGAAAGUGAAGUUCUUUGCUAAUCUUGAGAAAGGAGCUACCUCUACAAUCGACUAUUCUCAGCUAAACAAAGAACUUGAGUCCACAGAUUCAAUACCUCUGGCUACUAUGAAUCAAAAUGAAGACCGACUACAAGUUCUGGAGAUUGAGGAAACAAAGGAAGAUGAGUCCAGACUUAAAAGCACCACAGCUUCAAGACAUUACAGUGAUGAUUUUGACGAUUAUUCUGAUGCCAAAUUUGGAAGUGAGGGAAUUGGAUUAGAUGACAAUAUAUUGAAGACUGAAUGUAGUCCUGAAACUGUAAAGGAGACAAAAGAGCAGGAUGCAGAGCCUGGUAUGCUGGCAAAAGUUGUCCUGCUAGAUUCACUAGAUUCAACUCUAGAUGCACAAAAGUUGGAGGAUGACCAAUCUAUGAUAAAACCUACCACAGAAGAAAAUCCUGGACAGCAAGGCCAAGCAUCUCAAAUGUAUACCACAAGUAUUUCCUAUGAACAAACCAAUAGUGAUAUUGAGGCCUUGCAUCAAGCAUAUUGUGACAUUGAUCAAUCUCUGGAAGCCACAGAUGUAGUGCAAAGUAUAAGAAAUCGAAAAAUCAUCAAUUUUGUUCAAGAUCUUCAGAGCCCUGUUACGAACUUAACAAGGAAUGUUUCUAUGGGAGAAUCCGAUUUGCUCACUGUCGAAGAACUAAUGAAACCUAUUAAAGCUGGCGAUCUUGUUCCAGGAGGAUAUGAUUCACAUUCAAUAAGUAAAAAUGCACAGCAGGACUGUGAAGCAACAGAAAUAUUCAGAAAAAGGUUGGCUAAGGACACCUACAGUGCUGUGCCUUCUGAGUUGCAGCUUGAUUCCAAUCACUUAUCUGGAAGACAAAGCACGUAUAAAGAGUUACCUGAAAAAUUAUUCAAGGAAAACGAGAGCUGCAUGAGUAGAAUUUGUGAUGAAGAUGUGGAAGCGUUAUCUAAUGAAGUUAAAUAUGAUCCUGCAAUCAAACGCAAUGUCUCUGUUUCUACUUCACAAAAUGUUCCUCACCAAGAUGAUCGGAUUUCAUCAAAGACGAGAAGCCCUAAAGUUAAAAUCAAACCCUUUGGUGGGAGCUAUGCAUUUGUCAAGAGUUCAGGAUAUGGCAAAAUGAGUCAAUCAAAGAAAGAAUCCUUUGGUGAUGGUGAAAAACAAACUCAUCAGAGUCCACAAAAGCAAACUGCAUCUAUUAAGAGUUUUAAAGCCAGAUCCCCAUCUGAGCAUACAAAAAACAAAUCAAAAGGUCAAUUACAUGCAACACAGACAAUCAGACCAGCAAAGCACAGAUUUAAUGAAAAUGACCUUGGACGUCCGUUAUUUACCUCCGUGCAGUCAUUUACUCUAAAUCAUCAGCACCAGAUCAACAGUAAGACAGACCAUGCAAAGUUGCUUGGUGUCCACACACAGGAUCAGUUAGUUACAAGAGCUGUUGAGGAAAUAUCAAAAGAUCAGGGACUGCGUUCAACAGAACCCAGUAACACAGCAAGAGAACUUUCCCUGCUCCAAAAACUGGAAGAAGCGCAUGAGAAAUGGAACAUAGAACAUAACCUCGUGGAGAAGUUGAAAGAAAAAUUGGCAAUGAAAGAAAAGGAACUUAUUGGUAAAGAUGAAGAGCUGAAAAAAGUUCCACAACUAAAUGAAGAGAUUUGCAUUCUUCAGACAAAGUUGCACAGCCUGGAAACAAACAGAAAGAAAUUGAUAUUUGGUGGACCAUUGGAUCCUGUGACUGAAGAAAAGCUCAAAUUAAUUGAAAAGGAAGUUCAAGAGCAAGAAACUCUUAUUCAAGGAUACCAUAAGGUAUUGGAACAAAGAUGUUGGGUUCUCUGCUUUCUGAAUACUGUAUCAGUGUUUUGUUUGGGUUGUUAAAUAGUAAAAUUAGUCAGCUUUGUUAUUGCAAUGUUUAUCCUAUGUUUUGUGCAUCGAAUGUUCUUAUCUACUGUAUUUGACUAUCAAGCUCGUCUUCAUAAUUUAGCUUUUGUCUUGUCUAAUUGCUUAUUCUCAACAUUUAUUAUUUAAAAUCAAAUUGCAUAAGACCUUAGUCCCAGUUUAAAUUUUCUCCCCAGUUAUAUUUCAAUAAAAGAUAUGACAC